GGUGUAAUUGUUCUAACGGUUAGAUUAUCUAUUUUUGAGCAAGAAGAGAUGCGAUAAUUUCCACCUAUUUCUCCAGAAACAAUCCUUUUUACGAAUGCACAACAAGUGUAGAGACCGCUAUAUUAUUAAAUCUCGAGGCAAGUUUGCGUACAACGAGUUUGACAAGCACUCUUCAAGACGGUUGGACCAUUUAACGAGCCCGAAGAGACAAAAGAAGCGCUCCCAUAGUGGCUUUGACUUCAAAAACAAUUGUUUGUUCUGUCAGUUACCUGCUUCGAUAGAAAAGGAGAAAAUAAAGAGCAGUUUGGUAAAGAAGCGUACCAUAGUACUUGUUUCGAACACAGAAUUCAAUACCGCACUUCUGAAUCAGAUCACAGCUCAUAUUGAUAUAGAAAAUUAUAAAGCGAUGCUAGAAAUAAUUUCUGGGAUCGACCUCAAAGUUGUUGGUGCAAGAUAUCAUGAAGUCUGUCGACUGGCAUUCUAUCAAUUGUCUGAAAAAGCUUCUGGUAAGGCUAAACCGAAGGGACGGCCCAAGGACUCAGAUAUUUCAGCACAGAUUGAGAGGAUUGUUGCUUAUAUUAAGGAAAGAUAAAUUUUUGCAAUUUUCUGGUAAUUGCACAGAACAUUCGCUAAUACAAUUGAGAGAGCCCAAGCGCUACUUUGCAGAAAAAAAUCAGGUGA